AUGGCCGUCUCAGAGAUUCCAAAGAAGCAAAAGGCUGCUAUCUAUGAUGAGCCUGGCUCGGUGUCGACAAAGGUGGUGGAAUUGGAUGUACCAGAACCCAGCACGGGCGAGGUGUUGAUCAACCUAACUCACACGGGUGUAUGCCACUCUGAUUAUGGUAUCAUGACAAACACUUGGAAAGCGCUCCCCUUCCCCACGCAGCCCGGACAAGUCGGCGGCCACGAAGGUGUUGGAAAGAUCGUCAAACUAGGCCCCGGCACAGAAUCAUCCGGUUUGAAACUUGGCGACAGAGUCGGAGUCAAAUGGAUUUCCAGCGCAUGCUCGAACUGCUUGCCGUGCCAAGCAGGCUCUGACGGACUGUGCUUUAACCAGAGAAUCUCUGGUUACUACACUCCCGGUACAUUCCAACAAUACACACUAGGCCCAGCCAACUACGUCACCCCAAUCCCCGACGAGCUCGAAUCCGAACAAGCAGCCCCCAUGCUCUGCGCAGGCGUGACCGUCUACUCCGCCCUGAAGCGCAGCAACGCCCGCCCAGGACAAUGGGUUGUCAUAUCCGGCGCAGGUGGUGGCCUGGGCCACUUGGCCGUGCAGCUCGCCAGCAGAGGCAUGGGACUGCGCGUGAUCGGAGUCGACCACGGCAGCAAAGCAGAACUAGUCAAGGAGUCUGGCGCUGAGCACUUCGUGGACGUCACCCAGUUCCCUGCAGACGACAAGGGCGAAGCCAUCGCCAAACAUGUCAAAUCGCUAGCCGACGGAUUUGGUGCCCACGCUGUGAUCGUGUGUACCUCGGCCAACGCCGCGUACGCCCAGUCGAUGGGCUUCCUGCGCUUCAACGGGACGAUGGUCUGCGUUGGUGUUCCUGAGGGAGAGCCUCAGCCUAUUGCGACUGCCUUCCCGGGUAAAAUGAUCAUAGGACAUCAGACGAUCACGGGGUCGGCAGUUGGUAACCGGACGGAUGCCAUUGAGACGCUGAACUUCGCGGCUAGGGGUGUUAUCAAGGCGCACUACCGGACCGAGAAGAUGGAUGCUUUGACGAGCGUUUUCGAGGAGAUGGGUCAGGGUAAGGUGCAGGGACGGGUUGUUCUGGAUUUGUCUUAA